AUGUAUUUGCAUUCUGUGCUUUUUUUUUUCAGCUCAGAAGAUAAGAUAACUGUACAUUUCAUAAACCGUGAUGGUGACAAACUAACAGCCAAAGGAAAACCAGGGGAUUCACUGCUGGAUGUUGUUGUUGAUAAUAAUCUAGACAUAGAUGGUUUUGGUGCCUGUGAAGGAACACUAGCCUGUUCAACUUGUCACUUAAUCUUUGAGGACCACAUAUUUGAGAAACUGGACGCGAUUACUGAUGAAGAGAUGGACAUGCUAGACCUAGCCUACGGCCUCACUGAAACAUCACGUUUGGGCUGCCAGAUCUGCUUGAAGAAAUCCAUGAAUGAUAUGACUGUUCGAGUACCUGAAGCUGUUGCUGAUGCUAGGCAAUCGAUAGACUUGAGUAAAAACUCCUAGAACAAAAUAGCUUGGGGGUUUUAAAGAAACUUAAUUAUUUUUAUAACUUAUUUUUAAAUGUGUAAUUAAAUACAGAAGCUUACAUAAUUGUGAGUUAUUUUAUAUUGACUAUCAAUAUUAGAUUAACGCUAUUUUGACUUUCUUUAUAGAACCUCCUAUAUUUUUAUGCUUAAAAUGCAAUAAUACUUCUUCUAAGUGAUGAUUGGACUAUAACUGUUAGUAAGAUGAGUGUAAUACAGAUUAUUUCUGCCAAAAUUUGGAGUGGCAUUUGAACACUUGGAUCACUUCUAUAAGGCUUCCUAUAAAAAAGGGCAUUUCCAGGUGAAGACCUAGGUAUGUGAGAGAGCAAAACUUGGCAGACUCCGGGGGGUCUCGAGGAUGUCCUGUUAAAGGCUCCAAGAGCAGCGUGCUGCCAGCUUGGUUGCUGCAGUACCUCGCUGCUGCUCUCCUGAGCAGCCAACAAACCUCAGUGUAGCUGCAUUUACCUUGGACUGCCCCACAAAUGUGGAUAUUCACAUGGCUCGGAGCAAAGACUCAGAGCUCUCUAAUGGGAGAGAGCAAAACUAAAACUGCAGGAGCUGUGUGUAAAUUCUUGCUGUUGGGGGACAGAGUUGGGGUUGAACAGGGCACUGUUCUGUCAGCUUGUGUUCUGAAAUCUUCAUCUCUUACCUUUUUAGUUGCAGGAGGCAACUA